AUGAGGGAUUUCAAAUCAAAGCUGUAGAGCUUGACUUCUCCGGGAAAAAAAUAUAUAACUUCCAAUAUAUAAAACAACUAAACAUUAUUUACCAAAAAAAAAAAAAACAAUUAAACAUUUCCAACUACCACCAAAGCAAGUCUAUUGAAAAGUAUUACAAAAUGAUGUGAAAGUCUACACAUGGCCAGAGACACAGGAUAAAAAUAUGGACCAGUGAGCCGAAAUAUCAUUAAGGACAAGUGUCAAUUCAAAUUGGUAAUGCUAUUUGGUUAUGUUUUCAGGUUGCCCAGUAAUUUUCAAACAAUGAAUUAUCCAUUACGGGUUCAAAAUAUAGGAGGCAAUAACUAUAUAAUAGUUCACAAAUCACAGUCACAUCUGUAUUCAAACUUCAACAGGAAGUAUGACUAUCUGUUCAAGAUCGUUUUGAUCGGAGACUCUGGUGUGGGCAAAUCGAACAUUCUCUCCAGAUUUACUCGAAAUGAGUUUUGCUUGGAGUCCAAAUCUACAAUCGGUGUUGAGUUUGCAACCAGGACCCUUCAGGUAGAAGGAAAGACUGUUAAGGCACAGAUCUGGGACACAGCGGGUCAGGAGCGAUACCGUGCCAUUACCAGUGCUUAUUAUAGAGGAGCUGUUGGUGCUCUACUUGUAUAUGACAUAACUAAGAGACAAACCUUUGACAAUGUUCAGAGGUGGCUGCGUGAAUUGAGGGACCAUGCGGAUUCUAAUAUAGUUAUCAUGAUGGCUGGGAAUAAAUCUGAUUUGAACCAUCUUAGAGCUGUUUCAGAGGAUGAUGGUCAAGCAUUGUCAGAGAGGGAAGGUCUCUCUUUUCUUGAGACAUCUGCACUGGAAGCAACCAACAUUGAGAAGGCAUUCCAAACCAUAUUGACUGAGAUCUAUCAUAUUGUGAGCAAGAAAGCACUUGCAGCUCAGGAAGCAGCUGCUGGUGCCUCACUUCCUGGACAAGGAACCACCAUCAAUGUUGCUGAUGCUUCUGGGAGUACAAAGAGAGGCUGCUGUUCCACUUAGUGUGAUAUUUAAGGAAAGAGCGUUGCUAGUUAAUAGUAUUUUUUUUUCCCCAAUUCUGUUUUUGUCCCUUUCUCUCUCUUUCUUUCUUUCUUUUUUUCCUUCUUUUUUAUGGGUGAGAGAUAAACAUGUAGAGUAUGUUUACUUCAUUGAGUUGCGACCGGGAAGCUUGUGAAAUUUAAAAAAACAGUAGUGUUGCUAGUUUCUUUGGCUUAUCUCUUCAGUGAUGUGAUAGUUUUUCAUGAAUUGAUGUAAUAUUGGAACUGACAGAUAUUGAUGAUAUAGCGUGGUUAAUGGGACCUGACAUUGCAGAGAGGCCAUGUAAGAUUAUACAUAGCUUCAGGCUUUUUGUUAAUUCAUUGUUGUU